CGUGUAUGGCUUCGUGACCCGGAAGUAUUCUUCAUCUCACUUUUCUCCGCCCUUCCGCUUCCGUCACCCCCCCUCACAAAGGAAUAGUGCUUAUUGGUUUGGCCUCUUGAUUCAGCUGCUACCGCCGCCCCUGUAACCACCAUCACCAUGUUCCAAUUUUUGCUAGGAUUUACACUCGGCAAUGUGGUUGGGAUGUAUCUGGCUCAGAACUAUGAUAUUCCGAAUUUGGCCAAAAAGCUUGAAGAGAUUAAAAAAGAUGUAGAUGCCAAGAAGAAACCUCCAAAUGCUUAAUGUCAACAGCAAGUAAUGUCAUCUGGAUGCUCUCCUAUUCUCUUCUCCAGGACUGGAUUACUUUCUUCACCCUGAGGUUGCCUUUGAGCUAAAAUACACCCAUCAUGCCAAAACUACCCUUUACUUCUCCUCUUGGACUCCUCUGACCUCUAUACAUGUGUGGGAGAUUCUGAUACUUGAAUUACAGGUGCUUGACUAGGAAAUGCUAGUUUGAUUUGUGGUCUCUCCCCAUACCUUUUAAAUUGUGGAUUUCUAGAGAUUUUCUGAAGUUGCUUUUUAUAUGGCUGAAUAGAUGGGAGUAUAUUAAUUCUCUAAUUAUGUCUACCACUCUGGGUGCUUUAUAAGCAUUUAGUAUCAAAACAGUAUUGUUCCAAAUCAAUUAAAACCAUUAUGUAGCAACUGAUUUAUGGUGACUUCCAUUUAUUUUAUGUCCUAGUACCACAGUUUUAUAAUUGUAACCAGUUAAAUAAUGAUUGAGUAUUCCCCUCCUACCCCACUCCCCACGCACCUCUUAGGUACUCAACAUUGUGUUAGAUGCUCUGGGGGGCUAAAAAAAGAAAUAUGACCUUAAAUUUGCUCUUGGGAUUACUCUCCUUGGAGUGCAUUUUCUUUUUAAAAUUUUUAAAAUUGAUUAAUUUAGAGUAUUUUUCCAGGAUUAAAAAAAUAAUGUUCUUUCUCUCCCCUCCCCCAACCCCCUCCCAUAGCCAACACACAAUUCCACUGGGUUUUACAUGUGUCAUUGGUCAAGACCUGUUUCCACGUUACUGAUAUUUGCACUGGGGUGAUCAUUUAGAGUCUACAUCCCAAAUCAUAUCCCCAUUGACCCAUGUGAUCAAGCAGCUGUUUUUCUCCUGUUUCUACUCCCACAGAUUGUGGAUAGUGUCCUUUAGAAUUGUCCUGGAUCAUUGCAUUGCUACUUGUAGAGAAGUCAUUACAUUCGAUUGUACUAUAGUGUAUCAGUCUCUGUGUACAAUGUUCUCCUGCUCCUUUCAUUCUGCAUUAAUUCCUGGAGGUUGUUCCAGUCCCCAUGGAAUUCCUCCAGUUCAUUAUUUCUUGAGCACAAUAGUAUUCCCUCAUCAACAUAUACCACAAUUGGUUCAGCCAUUCCCUAAUUGAAGGGCAUCCCCUCGUUUUCCAAUUUUUUGCAACCACAAAGAGCACAGCUAUGAAUUUUCUUGUACAAGUCUUUUUCCUUAUUUCUUUGGGGUACAAACCCAGCAGUGCUAUGACUAGAUCAAAGAGUAGACAGUCUUUUUGCACCUUUUGGGUAUAGUUCCAAAUUGCCCUCCAUAAUGGUUGGAUCAAUUCACAAGUCCACCAGCAAUGCAUUAAUGUCUCAACUUUGCCACAUCCCCUCCAACAUUCAUUACUUUCUUUUGCUAUCAUGUUAACUAAUAUGCUAGGUAUGAGGUGGUACCUCAGAGUUGUUUUGAUUUGCAUUUCUCUGAUUAUAAGAGUGGAAUGCAUGUUCCUAUAAUUAAUAUGCCUAUUUUGUCCUAUCUUUCCUCCUAAAUGUCAUCAUUCUCAUUUUAAGGAGAUUUAACUAUUUGUGAUAUAUGAAAGGUUGUAUAUAAAGGAAAUAUUUGUUACACCAUACUUUUAUAUUUAUUUUAAUUAUUUCAAAGAUAUGUCGUCUGAAAAAAGAUUUUGACUUAGCCCAUGUAAUUUUUGUUUUACAAAUUCCAUAUUUACUUUAAGGAGCAUUUCAUCAUUCUGUGAAUUUAAUUCUCUUUGAUGACCUCCACUGCUGGGCAGAUGAAAUACCAAUCCACACAUUAAUUUAAAAGCAUAUAUUUUAAGAUAUGCCAAAAUCAAAUAUUAUUUUAUUAGGUGUUCUGCUUUAGUGAGACUUGUGGAUUAAAAAAAAUUUUUUUUAUCAACCUCCCUGGUGGUGUCAUCUAGGUUAUUUAACAGAACUUAAAAACAGAAAGAAAUAAUUUUUCAUGCUUUUCUAAAUACUCAGCAUAGCAGUAUAUUAUGUGAUUAUGAAAUAAAGAAUUUAACCAACCCACCUUCAAUCUCCCAGAACUUAGAUAUAUAAAGCUGUAGACUUCCAUUAUCAUAUCCCUUGGGAAACCACAAACAUGUCUAAAUGAUGUUUGCAUUGUAUAGUUCCCCUGUAGUAAGGAACCUGGUAUGGUGGGAGCAGUGCUGGAUUUGAUACCUGGAGACCAGGGCUACAAACAUGUGCCUUUUUAAUGCUUGUGUGACCUGGCUCAAGGAAUAUCACCUUUCUAGGCCUCUGUUUCUCUUUAUAAUGAAAGUAUUGAAGGGAAGGAUCUCUAAAAGCCCUUCUAAUUCUAAAAUCUCUUCAGUUAUGUUCCAUCAACAUUACUUUUGGACCUAAUUUCUAAACCUCAUAAUAAAAUUUUACUCUUUUUUUGGGGGGGGGCGUGGCAUUGCAGGGAGAGAGCAAGAGAAGAGAGGAGCACAAUGGUUUUGACCAGCUGGGGCUAUUUUGGAUUUGAGGCUAGACCUAUUGAUUUCUUUGCUGGUCUACAAAUGCAGGUCACCUGCUUUACAACUUAUUUUGUUUAGAGUUGGGCAGUGAGAAGUUCAAAUCUCUUAGCCAUUAUAUAGCAGAGAUGGGACUGAAAGCAAGGUCUUUCUGACUUGAAGGCUUUCUGUUUCAUACUAAGGCUUACUGCUUUUGACCAGCUAGUCUAACCCACCUGGUUAGAACCACUUGGUUCUGAAUGAUUUUUAGCUGUUUUCAAACAUCAGAUCUCUUCUUAAAGGACUACUUAAUAUUAAAGAAGAUCUCUCCAAGUUCUAUAUUUCAUUAGUAAAGACCUAUGUAGAAUGCAUAAAGAGAUUUGCUAGUAACAUGAAUUUUUUGGGGGUGAUGUGAGAUGGGCAAAAGUCUGAGGAUAAUUUAUUUCUCUGUCUUGUACUAACUAUAAUGCCAGAGAAUACUAAUAGCUAAACCAGGACUUGGUCUGUUAAUCUUGGAUCUUCACUAGAUCUACAAAAGAGCAUGAUGUAAAUGGAGUGACCAUUGGAUGUGGAUUCUGAAGAUGAAGGUAUGGAUUCUCCUUUAGUUCUUUAGUUAUGAUUUUUGGUGUGACUUUGAAUCAGUUCCCACAUCUAUAAAAUGGGGGUAAUAUUUCUACCACCUACCAUAUAAGGAUCUUGAGAAGCUCAAAUGAGAUAUAUACAUAGUACACUUUUCUAAACUUUAUGUAGAAUGUAAUUUUACAAAAGUACUCACUGUACUUUUUACAUUAUGAAUAAAUAGAAAAAGUGUUCUGCCAAAAAAGGGAAGGUCUGAUAUUUCAUUGGCUGAAAUUAUUAAUGCCUUUUGCUGCUUCUGAUUUGGUGUUUUAUGCUGCUGUAAACUUUGGUUCUCUGCUGCUUAAGCUAAAGGAACAGUUUUACUACCCCAUUUCAUUUUUCCACCUAAUUUACUCCCCUUCAAUUUCCAUUUGUGUAAAUGUAGGUAAAAUAGAAGACAUCCAUACAUGAGUAUUUUUAAAUAUGUUCAGAGUAUAUAUACAUAUAUUUAUAGCACAUAAUGUUUUCAUUUCCACUCACCCUUUGGAUAUUAUUUCAAUGUUUGUAUUUUCCCUAUGGUCUGCACCUUUUUCAGUGUGCUCUGAUUAGCCUCUGUAAAAGGAACAUUACUAUAAUGGAGGAAAAGAGCUUUCUCUUAUAUUUCCUCUACUAUAAUUUGCAUAUAGCAUUUUUUCAUUUUUGCUUUCUUUGAUUAUAUUCAUAGUUGAAAGAUUGAUAAAUUACAUGAAUAAAAAGUGAACCAUGAUUUAUUUGUCAUAAAUUUCAAUGUAAGAUUCUAAUCCAUUUCCAUCAAGAGAAAAAGCAACCUCUAUGAGUAAAUAAUACAAUUUAAAAUAAUUAUAUGCUUUUCGUUAAUUACCAAAAAUUAUUUAGCAUUUCCUGGUUAAUUUGUUUUUCAAAGUCUAUUUUUAUCAAGCAUUUCUUGUCACAUCUCCUCAUUGAAUAAUAAUUAAAAAAUUAAAACUCAUAACAAAUAUAUGGUCUACCCUAUGCCCAAAGGGCUAUAAAACAGUACACACCUUUUGACCCAGCAAUAUUAUUACUAGGUUUGUAUCCCAAAGAGAUUUUAAAAAAGGGGAGAAUCUUAUAGGUACAAAAACAUUUAAAGCAGUUCUUUUUAAGGGGGCAAAGAUUUGGAAAGUGAGGGGAUACCUAUCAAUUGGAGUAUGGCUAAGUAAGUUAUAGUAUAUGAUUGUAAUAGAAACUGAAGCAAAGUAAAAUAAGCAGAAUCAGGAGAACAUUAUAUAGUGACAAGAAUACUGUAUAAUGAACAACUGAAUAACAGCAAUACAGUGAUCCAAAACUAUCCCAGAGGACUCAUGAUAAAUGCCAUUUCCAGAGAAAAAGAACUGAGUCUGUAUCCAGACCAAGGUUUCUUUACUUUCUUAAUUUUUUUUCUAUUUGCAUGGAAAAAUGUUUUCCAUGAUUGCAUAUGUAAAAUAUAUAUGAGAUUUCUUACCAUCUCAAAGCUGUGGGAAGGAAAAGAGGGAGAGAAUUGAAGAUUCAAUAUUCUUGGAAAAAUGUUGGAAACUUUUACAUGUAAUUGGGGAAAAAUAAAAAUGUUGGAAACUUUUUACAUGUGAUUGGGGAAAAAUAAAAGUAAAAAGUAAAAAACGAAUAUACAGUCUAUCACAACAAAUUUGUACUUGUAACCAUAUCUAAAAAUGUAUGUCUCAUUGUGUAUUUUGAGUUCAUCAUCUUUAUGGCGGGAGUGAAUGACUUCCCAAGUGGAUGAUACCAAGUUAAAAUGUAUUUGGGAAAUGUUUAGCAAAAGUACUAAAUACAACAUAGGUAAUGUUAGUGUGGAGUUUUCUAAGUUAAUAUGUGACCCACAGUUAUGAGGAUAUAUAAAGGACAAGUCAGGCCCACUGAGGAAAGCAGCCAUGCUUGUCUGAGAUUGCUGGCAAGGUCCCAUUCUCACACAAAGGCGUUACUGCUCUCAGCCAAAGGUUAUCAUUAAACCCACUCUGAAGAGCAAAGAAAUCUUUGUAAUAUCAUGACUGAAAGUACCAAACCUGCCUUUUCCUAAGUACAUAGAAUAGAUUAGUUAUCACUCUUUCUCAAUUUGCUUAUGUCUGUAAUAGUGACUAUGGUAACAUUCUUGUGUGAAGCCAUUUUCAUAAACAUUAUCCUGUGGGAAAGUAACACCCCCCAAGAAUGUUGUAAUGCUUGGUACACUACUCUAUAAAAGUCUUUCUCUUUGUCAUAAUAAACAGUUUGUGGACGUCA